GGUUCACGCUGCAGACGGUGGACGUGGACGCGAUGACGGUGUGGUACCCGAGCGCGUGGCACGUGAUGCAGGACGUGCGCGCGCUGGGCGAGGGCAACGCGGCGCUCAGCCGCGCGCCGCACCUGCGGCGGGACUGCCAGUUCGCGGCGGCCGCUUUGUACGACGAGAUGUAUGCCAAGGAAGUGCCAGAUAAAACCUCACGCGGCGUGCCGGCAACGUUUCAAAUACUGAACUUCGUGGGUUGGAAACCAGACCCCACUCAGCCCCAGCCCAUGGAGCGAGGCAGCGGGGAAGUGUCGUUGAAGGACUUGCACAAGAUUGACGAAAUAAUAAAACACAGCGACAAAAUAGAGCUGCGCGAUGAAGAUAUGAAAUAAAUGUUUUAUUGUGC